AUGAACGUGGCAAAACCGGUACAAAUAGCGCUCGACGAUGCGAUUGCAGUUUUUAAACAAGUCACAGGUGUACGGAAACAGCGCCUGAACGCGGCAGAGAGGCUGAAAAACCUAGAGAAUCACGCCGCAGCAGCCAGUGUCAAGAAUGUUGCCAUAGACUCCGUAAACAACCCUUUGUGCAUCGCGACUAGUGACGCCGCGACACAGAGUCAUUGUUGGUGGGACUCUUUGCCUCAGGACAACAUCGGGGGCGACAGAAUGGACGGUGGACCAAAAUUAUGGACGGAGGUGGUGAGGAAGGUGAAUCCCAUUGGGAAGAAAGCCGAGACAGAUGGCACGACCGAGGUGCCUGUUGAACUAAUCCGGGAAGGUAUAAGUGCGAAACAGGCAAUUAAGCAGCAGAUAAUCAGGUCUCACCCGUCGGCAAUACUCGUCAAUGUAAGUACUGAGGAAUUCCCUGAAAGCUUAAAAGUGCAUCAUUAA